AUGAAUGAACAAAACGGAACAAAAUAUUCAAAUUAUGAUCAACUUAACAAUAAAUUAUUACUUCUUAAUGAUCCUAAUAAUGAACGAGUGAUAUUAAAUGUUGGUGGACUUAAAUAUGAAACUUAUAGGUCAACGUUAAAAAAAUACCCAGACACAUUGCUUGGGAUGUUAUUUCAAGAUAAAAAUAAACAAUUUCUUGAAGCAAUGAAUGGAAAUGAAUAUUUUAUUGAUCGUAAUGGAUAUGCAUUUCGAUACAUUCUUGAAUAUUAUCGUAAUGGUGAAAUAUAUUGGCCUAAUGAAAAUUCUGAUGAAAAUAGCCAUAGUUUUACGACAGUUUCAAGACGAGAAUUGAGAGCAGAAUUGGAUUUUUUCCAAAUACCAGUUGACAUUUCAAUUAAUGCACCUUUGAAUCAAUUUGUUUCUAAUGAAACGUUAUCAGAUAAAUUAGAUGGAUUUAUUACAGCAUUGAAAAGUAGUAUAUUCGAGGCAGAAUUCAAUUUUCGUAAAUCAGUCAAUAUACAAUUUCAUAAUAAUAAUAUUGGUGGAGAUAUUAGUAAUGUGAUGUAUAUUGUUAGUCCUAGAAUUGAAAAAAUUGUAAAUAGAUUGAGGCCUUAUGAAAGUUGUGGCUAUAGUAUAUUGAGGUUAUUUGGCGAAAAAAUCAAGACUCACAUUUAUAUGACUAUACCUUGUAUUAAAUGUAAUGUAACAAAAAAAUCUAGUCCUGACAGUUUUAUUAUUGAUUUAAUACUUGAAGAAGAAUUUGAUGUUAAAGUUAUUGAAGAUAAUUCUAAACAUCUAAGAUCUUUAGAUAUUAUGAUUAAUAUUAAUAUUCCUGGAUUAAAGGAUUCAGAAGGUUGUACACUUAUCUUGACGGAAGGAAGAUCAUCGAAAGAAUUUGCAUCAGAAGAUAUAAAAAUUCUAGGUGAUGGAGAAUGGGGAUUGUAUCCAAUAUGUGGAAAGUUUAUGAAUGUCAGAAACGCAUCUCCAAGUCAAACAUCACAAAAUGAGCAACCAAAAAGACAUUUGUAUUGA